CUAAUCAUCCAGGAGGCCCGCCUGAGUUACAUUUAAGAUUUCUCGACUUUGGCCAAAAGACCCAAGUGACGAUCUGUUGCUUCCCAUGAGAUGGUUACAAAGAAGGGGAAGGAGGGGGGGGGGAGAGAGAGAGGGCCCAUACUCGCAGCUUGUCAAUUUCAACAUUUGGUCACAUGACCAGCGCCUCCCUGCUAAGGAUGGGGAUAGAUUUCCACGUCAGCUUACGUCUCCAAAUUUCUUACUUCACGGAUCUGCUUCAAAGAGGCAGCUGCAUUAGAGAAUCAUGUUAAGCUCGGCUAAUGCGGAGAGCCCGAGGUAGCCUAAUGAUGGAUUUUGAUGAGCGUGUUCCUUGUUCCUCUAACAUGUAUUUGCCAAGUUGUACUUACUACGUUUCGGGUCCUGAUUUCUCCAGCCUCCCUUCCUUCCUGCCCCAGACCCCGUCUUCUCGCCCCGUGACAUACUCCUACUCCUCCAACCUCCCCCAGGUCCAACCGGUGCGAGAAGUCACCUUCCGGGAGUAUGCCAUUGAUCCGGCCAGUAAGUGGCACCCCCGGAACAAUCUCCCCCACUGCUACUCCGCCGAGGAGAUCAUGCACAGAGACUGCCUGCCGGCCACCAACGCGGCGGCGGCGGCGGCGGCGGCCAGCAUGGGCGAGAUGUUCGGCAAAACGCCGGCCAGCGUCUACCACCACCCCGCGGCUGCCGCGGCCGCCACCACCACCAACAGCGUCUCCUCCAGUUUCUAUAACACUGUGGGAAGGAACGGGGUGCUGCCCCAGGCUUUCGACCAGUUCUUCGAGACCGCCUACGGCACGGCCGAGAACCACCACGCGGACUACGCCGGAGACAAGAACGGCGACAAAGCCCCGGGCGCCGCAGCAGCAGCAGCAACUUCAAGUUCGGACGGCGGCAGCGGCGGCUGCGGUAGGGAGGCGGCGGCGGCAGCUGCAGCCACGGCGGCGGCGGCGGCGGCGGCAGAGGAGAAGGAGAGGCGCAGGCGGCUGGAGAGCAGCAGCAGCCCGGGCUCGUCUUCCGGCAACAAUGAGGAGAAAUCCAGCAGCUCCAGUGGACAGCGUACCCGUAAAAAGAGAUGCCCAUACACCAAAUAUCAGAUUAGAGAAUUAGAAAGGGAAUUCUUCUUCAGUGUCUAUAUAAACAAAGAGAAACGCCUCCAGCUCUCCCGAAUGCUCAACUUGACCGACCGUCAAGUAAAAAUAUGGUUUCAAAACAGAAGAAUGAAAGAGAAAAAAAUUAACAGGGACCGAUUACAAUAUUACUCAGCUAAUCCACUACUUUAAAACUUGUAGCAUUUUCCAGAACGAGAUUAAAUUCAGAUCCCCCCUUUGACAAGGUCAAGCCACAAGGUUACCUAUGAGAAGGAAUUUUGUAAGAUGAGGGAGGACUCUGGAAAACUAGGUGUCCCUCCAUGUUU